UCUGAUCCAGCAAAGCAGAAUAAUUAAAUCCCUCUCUCUCUCUCUAGGCUGCAAAGUAUUGACAGCUUAAAAAAGGGUGUUGAAGAUCUCUUUCUCUGAUUUGCUCCCUCCUCCUCUUCACAAUUUUGUUGCAAAUAAAAUUUGUAGUUGAUUUUAUAAAGAAAGGACUCAUUUCUCUCUCUCUCCCCCUCUUUUUCUUUCUCAAGUCUCUCUCUCAAAUAUUGUUUUCUGCUUGUUUGUGUUCUUCCUUCUGCUUCUGCGGCUGCAACUUUCAUCUUGAAGUGGUUUUGAUCCACAGAAGUAAUCAUAAAUAAAAGAAGAAGGAAGGAGAAGAUCGAGGUUUCGAUAUCGAGACCUAUGGGGAGUGGGUAUUAUGGUCAACCAAAUCUGGGAAAUGAAAGAUCAUCAUCAUCAUCAAGAAAAAGUGGUAGCAAAAAGGGGAACUCAGACAAGCCAAAACAGCCACAAAGAGGGCUAGGUGUUGCCCAAUUAGAGAAGAUUAGAUUGCACAGUCAAAUGGGUUGUACUAGUUUUCCUCCUCCUUCUCUUCAUCAUCAUCAUCAUCAUCAUAAUCCUUAUGCCACUCACAACCUUAGCCAGGAAGAUAUCAGAAUGCAAACACCUUAUUCAUCAUCUUCUUCCUUCUCAUAUUCAACUCCUUCUUCUUCUUCUUCUUCUUACGGUUUCCAAGCUCCGAUGGGGGGCUAUGGCGAUUAUGAAGGAAUUACACAUAUAAGAUAUGGAGAUUCCCAGCCUACUACGACAACAAGAUGGCCGCCAGGCAACACAGUCAUAGAUUACACCCAACAAUAUGCACAACCGGGCAUGACUAGACAGCUUCUGGACCUACAAGCAGAGGAAUCGUACGGAAAGAGGAAGAAAAAACAUGGAAGCGAAUCGAGUAGUCAGAAUUCUGAAUCAAGUGGCAACAACCAAGACUUAGAUUUGGAGCUUAGACUCUCACUUUGAUGAUGAUCUAGUACUUAAUUUUAAUUCCCUGUCAUAAAUUUGUGAAUGAAUCUUGUCUUCUUCUUCUUCUUUUUUUUUUCAUUUUCUUUUUUUGUGAUGCAUAUAAUAAUGCAAUACAAGAAGUUAAAUUGGAGAGAUAUAUUGGGGAUUGCCGUUUUGGUGUAAUAGUAGGUACAUUCUUAAUGACAUUGAUUCUAAAUGGAGAGUGAAAUUGCAAUUUGACAUGUCAGAUAUAUAUC